UUGUCUAGUACAUGUGGUUUUGUCAAGGAGUAUUUCUUACAUAACUAUUAUUUGAUCAACCACUCUACUUUUUCUACAAUUUCAAUGUUAAGCUUAGUUUUCUUCAUAGCCUUUCUAAUCCUGCAGGCUAACUCUCCAUACGACAUAGCCACUACGAACAUUACCCCUUGAAAUAUCUUUGCGUUUUACCACGUGUUUGUUCUGUUUGAGUUUGCCCUAAUCCUUUGUAUUCUGUUCCAAUGUUUGCCUCUGUACCUAAGGCUGGUUCCACUGGCUUCCUUACUUAUGAUGUCAUCUAAAUUCUUCCUACUUCCCCUGUACACUCUGACUCUAUCUCUCUGGCUGUAGCUAGAUAACUGCAUGCGGAACAUAAAUCCUGUACAUUUCACAACAUGUCCACCCUGUGCAUCCCAUGAGGUUUUUAGUGUCUUCAAAAUUGACCAAGGAAAGAAGACAGAAACCGUAGCACACGCAUGGAUGCAGUAGGAAGCAGGGCAUCAAUAUAUCAAAUCCUCCUCCAACCGUAGGAUAAUUCGAUAUCUUUCGAAUUCAACAGGUACCAAGUCCAAAAUGCUUGCCAUAGAUUGGGUUCCGGUAGAGGAAACUAAUAUCCUAGUAGUAAUGUUAAAUUGAGUGACGGAUAAGGUUAUUGGCUAACAUACAAUAUGACCCGGUGCAAAACGACAACGUUGACAUGAUGUGGUGGCUGGCAAAACGUAAUAAAUACAAAAAUACAUCUGACAAUAAUUACUAGAAUAAUGAGCAGCGAAUUGUCCUCUUCAUGCCUUUCGUAGAGCAAAGAUUCCCUUGUAGCUAGGUGCAUCUGUCCUGACUUCAGCUACCUCCCCUCACUAAAAUGAUCUUGUGGAGCUUCGUCUCGGCAGUGAAACAAGAUAUCUGUCUACCUUUUUUUCCCUAAAGGCAAUUGACUGAUUGAUGAAAGAAACAAUCAAAGUACAAUCAAGAAGAAACGGUCAUUCUUCAACCCCAAAGAAGAUAUCAUCUUUGCCGAUAACAUUGCUCUUUCCUCCCAGCGUCACAUUAACAUGGAAGAGGAGGUCACAGGAAUGAGCGUAGCAUGCAUAGAAGUUGGUCUCAAGAUCGAUAUUGCGAAGACAAAAAGCAUGCAAGUGCACACGACUGAAGAUGUCAGCUUUACAGUCAGAAGAGAAGGAAUGGAAAAUGUCAGUCAUUUUACAUACCUGGGAAGCGAAACGGACCGAGGCGUAAAAACAAGGACUGGAAAAGCUACAGCUGCUUUCUGGAUGUUCGGUCAUCUGGAGAUUACAGACUUUGUCAACAAACGCAACACUCAAGAUUUUUAAUACAAACAUUUAUGCUGUACACAUGUGAAGCACAUCGAAUCACAAAGCUUUCAGUCAACAAGCUCCAUAUGUCUGUGAAUAAAUGUCUCCAGACCAUCCGUCGGGUGUGAUGGCAAGACGGACUCAGAAAGAAAGCUUCGUGGAACCAGGUGGAAGCAACAAUCUGUCGAAAGUUAGUUCAGAAGCGGAUUGGUUUGGACGCACGCUUCGUGAGCCUGUUUCCAACAUUAGCACUCAAGCUUUCCUAUGGACACACCAUAGGAGACGGAAGCGUGGUAAGCUAAAAUCAACACGGGGAAGGACCACAGAAAGUGAAGCACAGUCAGACUGCUACACCUGGGGACAACUGCAAUUUAUUGACCGUAAAUGGAUUUGAACUUAGAUUGUUAAGAGCAUAUAUAUCGCAAUGUAUAUUUUUCUGACGAUUUUACGAUUCUGCCAGGUUACCGGCUGGGUAGCUCCAUAGUAUAAUGGCAAUAAAGAACGGUAAUAAAUUAUCAACAGUGAAAAGAACGUACACAAGAAAGAAAAUUUAUAGAUAUACAUAUCACAAGCGGAAAAUCACAGUAAAAACGUUCUUGUCACGAUUCCCGCAAAAGAUUUUCUACGUAUUUUGCUGUUAGUAUUUUCGGAGUUUCGAAAUGAUUUCUCGUCGACAAAAAGAAAACCCAGAUUUUCAAACCACUUGUAUUGAUUAUUUGAAGAGGUAAUUGAAGAUUUGGUAUACAUACAGUAACAAUGAUUAUGACGGCACAAUGACUAAAACGCGUCACUUUUGCAGUCACAUUUCGAAUUCGAAGGAAAAAUGUCAAGAUUAUCGGAAUUUUUCGCAGAAGUUAUCUGAUAGAAACUUUUUGUUUACCGAAAUCUAAAUCCAAACUUUUUUGCUUCUACAGAAUAUUGAAUAAAUAUUUUUGAUAUAGCUAUGACCACUAUAACCACUGAAGCUAAAAUGUGAAAGCUGUAACUUUCACUGUUUCAAUCCCGAAGGCUGAUGUCGUUCGCAAUAAUGUGCAAGGGACAUCAUUCCAAAUCAAAAGGCUGUUUUCGUCGUUUCUAAAGAUAUUUCCAAGAAGUUGAAGAAAAAUAAGAAAAUGGAAAAAAACAAUAACGUCAACAAUUGUACUAAUAUUAUGGAAGAACUAAACGCUAAAAUGGUGAACGUUUAUUUACCUGUAUUAUUAUAUCUCGGAACGGUUAUGACUUUGGGAGUAAUUGAAAAUUUCAUUGUAAUAUAUGUAUACUACUAUAAGUUUGAUGAAUCAGCCACUCAGGUGUUUAUUGUAACGCUCUCUGCGUGCGAUUUUCUGACGUGCAUAAUAUGUAUACCUAUGGAAAUUGUGAUUCUACAUUUUUCAUUCACUUUUCACAGCGAUAUUGCAUGCCGUGUGGUACAUUUUACGACAGCUGUAGCAGUAACCAAUUCAGCUAUGAUUAUAUUCCUUAUAUCAGUCGAUAGAUUCAGACUUGUAUGUCAACCUUUUAAUCAACAAAUUUCCCCUCAAAAUGCAAAGAAAAUUCUAGGAUUUUCAGCAAUCUGCUCUUUAAUUCUUUGUACACCAUCAUUAUUUGUGUACAGUAAACAAAAUAGAAUGGUGAAACAAUGUGGAAAUAUCGGAGAAGAGUGUUCACUUGGUCCCUAUUUAAAUUCCGCAGUAUAUCCCUUUGCGUAUUAUAUUUUAAUAGUCACUGUUUUCUCUUUGGUCUUUAUUUUACUCGUACUCAUAUACAUAAAAAUUGGAAGAAAGAUCUUCCAAAUUUACAAAGCAAAGAAAAAUAAUAGAGCCAAUACAUUUCUUGUAUUUACUAUGCUCCAAAGCAUGCUAUCAGAUAAUGAUUGGGUAGAGGAUAAAGAACCCGCUACGAAGCAGAGAAGACAUUCAAUGCAUCCAAAUCGGACUAAUUUAAUUUUGUUCAUCAUCACUUUGGUCUGGUGUAUAUGCUUUUUCCCAUAUUUCACGGCAGUGUUCUGGCGAUUGUUAACUAAACGUUUUAGUGAAACUACAAGUGAUAAAGAAAAAAUUCUUUAUAAAUUGUUAAUGUGUUCUUAUUACCUCAACGGGACUCUUAACCCAUUAGUUUACGGACUUUUCGGUCGGCAGUUUCGUAUUGAAUUAAUAAGUUUAUUUCAUGAAACUUCCCACUUCUUUAAAUAAUAAAAUAUCGAAUUUCAUGAAA